AAGUGAUGUGUUAUCUUGCAGAUGACGUAGCUCCCUAUUUCAAGACAGAACCCAGUUUGCCUCAGACGCAUCUGGAAGGAAACCGCCUUGUUCUCACCUGCUUGGCAGAAGGAAGCUGGCCUUUGGAAUUUAAGUGGCUGCAUAACGAUAUGGAAAUCACAGAGUUCUCCAGGGAAUAUAAGUACGUCAUUCCUUCCUUGAAAAAAUCAGAUGGUGGCUUUUAUCAGUGCGUUGUGCGGAACAGAAUGGGGGCUCUCCUGCAGAGGAAAUCAGAGGUUCAGGUGGCAUACAUGGGAAGUUUCCAGGACGAGAACCAGUGGAAAGCCGUACCUGAAGGACAAGCUGCUGUUCUAAACGUGCCCCACAUCCCCAGUUACCCCAAACCACAAGUGACAUGGUUCAGAGAUGGGCACAAGAUUAUACCGGGCAGCAGAAUAACCAUCACCCUAGAGAACCAGUUGGUCAUUCUUGCAACGUUGGCGAUGGAUGCCGGGAACUACUACGUCCAAGCGGUCAAUGAAAAGAAUGGAGAGAACAAGACGAGCCCAUUGAUUUACCUGAACGUGACCAGUGCCGAUGCCUCAACCAAUGCUGUGAAUCCUGUGAUCGUAAUCCCUCCGCGCAACUCAAGUGUAACCACUGGGAGUAAUGAAGCCAUCCUGGAGUGUCUGGCCAAUGGCAGGCCCAUUGAGAAAUUAAGUAUCACCUGGAAGAGGAAUGGGAAAAUCCUCAGUGGGGUCAGCAGGACUGGCAGACGUCUCGCCAUUGCAAACCCAACUUCAGCUGACCUGGGAUUGUACGUCUGUGAGGCACAACUGAGUGACAGCCCCCUCGAGCCCGAAAGAGCGAACACCUUCCUGUCCAUCCUGGAGCCACCGUAUUUUACUGCUGAACCGGAAAACCAGAUUUUGCUAGAAGUAGAGAAGACAGUGAGCAUCCCAUGCCAAGCCACAGGGAUCCCACGGCCAACUCUCGCUUGGUAUAAGGACGCUGUCCCUGUCAGCCCAGGAGUCCAUCCUCGUUACACGGUGCUACCCAAUGGGACCCUCCAAAUCCAGAGAGCGCAGCCAGAAGAUUCCGGAAUCUUUCAAUGUUUUGCAAGGAACGAGGUUGGCGAGAUAGAGAGCCACGCCUAUCUUGAGGUCACCCAUGUGGCGCCCACGUUCACCUGGCCCCCGGCAGACGCUACCAUCACCGAAGGGAUGAGCGCCAUUUUAAGAUGUGAAGUUUCUGGAGCCCCAAAGCCCGCCGUUGCCUGGAAAAGGGGCAAUCAGAUUCUGGCCAGUGGCUCCAUUCAGCUCCCCAGGUUCCGUCUCCUUGAGUCUGGAGGUCUUCAGAUCACCCCUGUCUUUCUCGAAGAUGCCGGCGUCUACACCUGUUGCGCAGCCAACUCCGAAGGCACCCUGAACGCCUCUGCUUCUCUUACCGUAUGGAAUCGCACUUUUAUCGCACGCCCUCCAGAGGACAGCACGGUCAUUAAGGGAACAACAGCCAUGCUUCAGUGUGAAGCUGCCCACGACCCAAGGAUUUCCAUCAGGUACACUUGGAUGAAGGAUACCGUGAUCAUCAAUCCUUCCAGCAGCUCCCGAAUCUCCAUUGAGAAAGAUGGCAGUCUCAUCAUUGGCCAAACGUGGUCAGGUGACAUCGGAGACUACACCUGCGAAGUCAGUUCCUCGGGCGGGAAUGAUUCACGGGUGGCCCGAAUGGAAGUAAUAGAGCUGCCCCAUCCGCCACAGAACCUAUUUGCCACCCUGAAUUCUUCCUUCAGCCGCAGCGUCAUCCUCUCCUGGGUGAGACCCUUCGAUGGAAAUAGUCCGGUUCUACAUUACAUCGUCGAAGUCUCUGAGAACAAUUCUCCCUGGAAAGUUCAUCUGUCCAAUAUUGAUCCUUCGUUGACCAGCAUUACUGUGAGCGGGUUAACCCCAGCCCGUACCUACCAGUUUAGAGUCUGUGCUGUUAACCAAGUGGGCAAAGGGCAGUACAGCCUAGAAACCAGCAGAUUGAUGUUGCCAGAAGAACCUCCGAGCGCUGCGCCUAAAAACAUCGUGGCUAGCGGACGGACAAAUCAGUCCAUCAUGGUCCAGUGGCAACCACCUCCGGAAAGCGAACAUAACGGUGUUCUCCAUGGCUACAUCAUAAGAUAUCGCCUAGCAGGACUUCCUGGGGAGUAUCAAUACAAGAAUAUAACCAGCGCGGAGAUAAACUACUGCUUGAUCAAAGACCUCAUCAUCUGGACCCAGUAUGAAAUCCAGGUGGCGUCUUAUAACGGAGCUGGCCUGGGAGCCUUUAGCAGGGCAGUCACCGAAUACACAUUGCAAGGAGUGCCCACCGCACCCCCCCAGAACGUCCAAGCGGAAGCGGUCAACUCCACCACCAUCCAAUUCUUCUGGAACCCACCUCCGCAACAGUUCAUCAACGGAAUCAACCAAGGAUACAAGCUCUUGGCAUGGCCAGUUGAUGCCCCAGACGCUAAGACCACCAUCACCAUUCCUCCAGAUUUUCAUGGAGUCCACAGAGGAUACAUAACCAACCUGAAGAAAUUUACGGCUUACUACACCUCGAUCCUUUGCUUCACCACCCCAGGCGAUGGACCACCCAGCCCACCACAGCUUCUGCAGACUCACGAAGACACACCAGGAACUGUGGGACACCUGAGCUUCACAGAGAUUCUGGACACUUCGCUCAAGGUCAGCUGGCAAGAACCCGUUGAGAAAAACGGCCUUAUUACAGGCUAUCAAAUCUCCUGGGAGGUCUACAGCAGGAAUGAAUCUCGCCUGGCUUGGACUCUGGCUAACACAACCCUGGAGUACAAAAUCACAGGCUUAUCAUCUCUCACCACCUACACCAUUGAAGUAGCAGCUCUGACAGCCAAGGGACCUGGCUUGGUCACUUCAUCAACCAUCUCAUCUGGAGUUCCCCCAGAACUUCCUGGUGCACCUUCCAAUUUGGUCAUCUCAAACAUCAGCCCUCGAUCGGCAACCCUUCAGUUCCGGCCUGGAUAUGAUGGCAAGACCUCUGUCUCUAAAUGGAUAGUGGAGGGCCAGGUUGGCGUGAUAGGAGAGGAAGAAGAGUGGAUAACUCUGAGCGAAGUGGAGAAGGAGUCGAAUGCUCAGUUGUUGGAGAUCCCAAACCUGACACCUUACACUCAUUACAGGUAUAAAAAAAACACAACAGCGGUCCCUGGUCCACCAGUGAGACUGGUAUUUCCUGAAGUGAGGCUGACAUCAGUGCAGAUUAUGUGGCAACCUCCCGAAGAACCAAAUGGAAUUAUUCUCGGCUACCAGAUUGCUUACCGUCUGGCAUCCAGCAACCCCAAUAAGUUCACCACGGUGGAAGUCGGCUCUUCAGUCCAACAGUUUGCAGCUACAGAUCUCAUCCCUGAAUCCGCCUAUAUUUUCCGAGCUUCUGCCAAAACCCGCCAGGGUUGGGGUGAGCCCUUGGAAGCGACUGUGAUCACGACGGAAAAGAGAGAACGGCCAGCCCCUCCCAAGGAAUUAAAAGUCCCUCAGUCCGAAGUCACAUCCCGGAGUCUCCAACUGCACUGGGUCCCUGGAAGCGACGGUUCUUCACCCAUCCGUUACUUUACCAUUCAGUUGAAAGAGCUCCCAAACGGGGACUGGAAAACCUACUCUUCGUCUGUCAAUCACAAAGCUACCUCCUGUUUGAUUGACAGGUUGAACCCAUUUACCUCUUACAAGCUGCGCCUGAAAGCCACCAACGAUGUCGGAGACAGCAAUUUUGGUGCUGAGACGGAGGCAGUCACUACACUGCAAGAUGUUCCAGAUGAACCACCAAGUUCUGUGUCUGUGACGCCAUACACAACAUCCUCAGUUCUGGUACAGUGGCAGCCUCCAAAGGUAGAGAGUCUAAAUGGUCUUCUUUUGGGAUAUCGAAUUUAUUAUCGGGAGCUGGAACCUGAAAAUACUAAACCAGGAACAGAAUCCAAAGCCCUUAAAAACCCAUCAGCACUGCGAGCAGAAAUUACAGCCCAAAGCAUCUUCAAGGCAGUGAACAGCAGUUCGGACUUAACAACCUACGAAUUAACAAAACUGAAAAAAUACAAGAGGUAUGAAGUGGUCAUGACAGCAUAUAACAUUAUUGGGGAAAGCCCUGCCAGCGCACCUGUGGAAGUCUACGUUGGAGAGGCAGCUCCCGCAAUGCCUCCCCAGAAUAUCCACAUCAGUGCCGUGUCUGCAAGCCAGCUGGAGAUCACCUGGGACCCUCCUCCUGUGGACAGCCAGAACGGAAACAUUCAAGGCUACAAGGUUUAUUAUUGGGAGAAAGACGGCCAGAAUGAGACUGAAAAGGUGAAGGUUCUCUUCCUACCUGAUACAAGCAUCCGGCUCAAAAACCUGACCAGUUUCUCCAAAUACCUGGUGUGUAUUUCUGCUUUUAACGCAGCAGGUGAUGGACCCAAGACAAGCCCUAUGGAAGGCAGGACACUCCAGGCAGCUCCAGGAGUGCCCAGUUAUUUGAUCUUCUCCGAAAUCACAUGCUCGGCCCUUAACGUGUCUUGGGGAGAGCCAACAGCAGCCAACGGGAUCCUGCAGGGUUAUCGGGUGAUCUAUGAACCUUUGGCCCCAGUUCAAGGGGUGAGCAAAGUGGUUACCGUGGACAUCCAGGGCAAUUGGCAGCGCUGGCUAAAAGUCAGAGAUCUCACCAAAGGGAUGACCUACCUGUUCCGUGUGCAAGCCAGGACUAUUAUCUAUGGACCUGAACUGCAAGCCAACAUCACUGCUGGGCCAGCGGAAGGGUCUCCUGGUUCCCCGCAGCAUGUACUGGUCUCAAAAUCCACUUCUGGACUCACUUUGUACUGGACGGAGGGAGUUUCGGGAACGAAACCCAUCACUGGCUACGUCAUAGAAAGUCGGCCUUCAGAUGAAGGGGUGUGGGACCUGUUUGUGAAGAACAUCCCGCGGAGUGCCACAUCCUACACGGUCAGCCUGGACCAGUUGAAAGAAGGAGUAAGCUAUCAGUUCCGAGUGGUGGCGGUGAAUGAGCUUGGAUACGGAGAACCCAGUGCUGCUUCUGUAGCCAUCUCAGCUCAGACAGGAUCUCCUUUCUAUGAAGAGUGGUGGUUCUUGCUUGUGGUGGCCCUCUGCAGCCUCAUUCUCAUCCUGAUGGUCAUCUUUGCAUUGAUCUUGCACAACCAGACUAAGAAGUACCGAGACAACAACACAGGGAAAAAUGUGUCCGGCGUGGAAGACUCUGUCACUCUGGAUAAUGGGGGGUUUACGUCUCUGGAACUCAACAGCCGGCAUCUCAAUGUCAAAAAUACUUUCUUGAAGAAGAACGGAACCAGAUCGCCCCCUCGCCCGAGCCCUGGAGGCUUGCAUUACUCGGAUGAGGACAUUUGCAAUAAGUACAACGGAGCCGUCUUGGCAGAAAGCAUCGGCCUCACCGAGAAACCCUUGGAUGCUUCAGAGUCGGAAGGGACGGAUUCCGACUAUGAAGAUGAGCUGCCAAAGCAUUCGUUCGUCAACCACUACAUGAGCGACCCGAGCUACUACAAUUCGUGGAAACGCCAGCAGAAGGGCACAAAGCAUUCGACACCCUACAGAUACGAGGAGCGGGUGACCAGCGAGACCGAACCUUACUUCCAGACUGUCAUCACGACGCAGAGUUCAGGAGGGGUCUACACCCCGACAGGGCAGCCCACUUCGGGCUCAAGGACUCCAGUGACAGGUUUCUCUUCGUUCGUCUAGCACCCGAGGAAAGGAGCAUUGACCCCGAAUUCAGUGGCCCAUCAAGGUUCGCGUGGACACCAGCCCCGACGUGACUCUGGGCAGCACACAAGGCAGUGAACUGGGGGUAUUUUUCUCUUUAUCAGGGUAGAAUGGAUGUACAUGUGAAUGUCUUUCGGGUUUGGGGUUUUUUUUUU